AAUUCAAGUUCAUUUCGUCUCGUUACAUUCGUUACGCAUUUUGGCGCGUCUAAUUUUGAGACCAGAAUUCGCUAAGCAACGCAGAAAUGUCGUCGACAUCUCAAAAACAUCGCAACUUCGUCGCCGAGCCAAUGGGCGACAAAGUAGUAACGGAUCUGGCUGGCGUUGGCGAUGUACUCGGCAAGCGGCUCGUCGAAAAAGGCUUCGAUAAGGCGCACGUCGUGCUUGGUCAGUACCUGGUGCUGAAGAAGAAUAAGGAACUGUUUCAAGAAUGGAUGAAGGAUACCUGCCAAGCAAAUGCGAAACAGUCAGGAGACUGCUAUCAAUGUCUCAACGAUUGGUGUGAAGAGUUCUUGUAAAUAGAAUUUUAUAUGUUGGACAGGUCCGGUUGCAUUUUGGAGAUUUUCUAAGAAUUACUAUACUUUUGUAUUUAAUAAGAUAUGAAAAGCAAGUGAUAUUGUAUUAAUGAUGAGUGGCACUGCUUGCACCAAUGCUUGAUGCAAACACAUUUAUAUUGUAAAGUUAAAUUUAACUGGAUUGCAAGUGUGAGUAAAAAUGAUUUUUAAUAAAUAUAUAUUCUUAUAAGUCAGAA